UACUUUUCUUCGUUGGUCAAAUGGAGAGGAUAAAACAUCGAUCUCUUGCCGUGAAGACUGACAAUAAAGCUGUUUCAGUGACUUGAGGGGACGCGUCUUCCCUCUGAUUCCAAACCUUCUCGGAGUUUCUCGUGAGACUUUUUAACGUUGCUGAUUCGCUCUUCCUCUCACAUGUGUGACAGUUUAUUGUGACCGCCACCACGGGCUUGUGGUUGUCGCUGUCUCAGCGUACCUAGAUGGUGAAGAAUGUCGGAACCAGUGGUCAAACAAAACUUUGGACCAGGUCUUGACGAAAGCACUCCCCUAACGGAGCUGGAUAAUCGGCCCCGGUUAGUCUACUACAGCGGUGGCUAUUCGUUUGAAGAGCGUCUUCACAAACAGGACCUGACAGUAACAGUAGCUUCGGAGUUUCCCGCCAACGAGGUGGAAAUUGUGGAGGACUACGAGAACAGACACAUGGUCAACAAACAAUCGUUCGUUGACGAGCAGGAGUGGCACCUUUAUGCCCACACUGAGUGCAUCCGGAGAGAACUCAUGAUAGACCAGUUUGAUCCCAACGCUCGGCGCUCGGCUAUCUCCGUCAAAUGUCGGGCGGCCAGGAGACCGGGCUAUUUCAUCUGGAACAUUUUCAUGGUUACGUUCCUCAUAUGCAGCCUGUCCUUCGCAACGUUCUCUGUGGACAAAAAGCAUCCCCAGAACCGACUACAGUUGUCCUUCACUUUGGUACUGACUGCAGUGGCCUUCAAGUCGGUUGUCAAUCAAUCAUUACCCAGAAUAUCUUACUUAACAUACAUGGACAAGUAUCUGCUGGCCUCCAUGAUCAUGUUGUCGGCUGUCUGUACAUGGCACGCCAUCGUCACGACCUUGACCUCAAACCGAGACUCGGCGGACUACAUCGAGACAAUUGUGUUGGGCUGUCUCGGGGUUGUCUACUUACUCUACAACAUCGGCUUUUGCAUCAUGAUCUAUCUUUUUCCGUGUAAAAAACGACGUAUAAUGUCUCAGAAAGAUCGAGAGCACGACAAGUUUGAUGUCCUAGACAAGCUCGCCAAUUCUAGAAACAGUCAGAAGGGAAGGACGAAGCAAACUUACUAACCCUCAACCCAUUUCAUCCCUGGACUACCACCUUCUCUCCUUCCUCCUCCGACCCAGAAGUAAUCUCCCUUCUCCUGGUUUCGAACCCAGCUAUGCAUUUCGAGGACUCUGGAAUUUUUACGUUGAUCAUUGUUGUUAUUGUAAUAAUUAUUUACUAAUUAGAAAUGUUUUAGAAGAGUUGGUGAUUCCUAUUAAAGAGCGUUUAUGAAAAUGUGUGUGUUUACCAGUGUGAUAGUCUCUAUUUAAUUAGUGUAUGAGGUUGUGUGACUGACUGAUCAAAAUGAUAAGUUAAAAUGUGUUUCUGUAUUCCUCACAUGAUUUCGAAGGCAGACUAUAUCAAAGCCAUUUCACCUGUUUUCAAUUAUUUCUUUUUCUUUGUUAGACGCCAAAUAGUCUUCAUACAUGUACACACAGAUUCACACGCGCACACAUUUACACAAACACAGAUGUAAAUAAUAUAAGCUUCUUAUAGAUAUAAAGAUAAAAGGACCAACGACGAUGCAAACAAAAGAAAAAGAAAAGAAAAUAAUAACAAACCAAAAUAUAGAAACACUGCGGUUAAUUAAAGGAAAGCGAAAUAUUAUACCAUUGUCGUCAGUGACAAUGACAACAUCAUCAAUGUUAUGGAUCUUUGAUCGCAGAAGACGCGUUUUUUUUUUCUUCGUUUCAUUUUGGGUCUUAUAGUUUACAAUCUUUGGCGUAUCACAGACUUCAAUUAAAAUAAAGCACACUCAUCGCUUACUCCACACUCAAAUCUUUAUUAACUAUAAUAAACACCUAAGAAUAGAAAAUAAAAUUCCGAACACAAGGCACAUGUAGUGUUCAUUGCAGACAUUCAGCGGAUCACAGAUUUCAGAAACGAUCACACAAACUUAAGAGUAAGUCUUUAUCCUCUUCCACUAGUAGCUCGCCCAUCUAGCAACUGCAUAACAUGACAUGACAAUGGAAGACCAGAGCGGCAGCAGCAGCAUACAUCGCAAUCACUCAUCAACCUGGCCAGCAGUAACAGCUGGUGGGAAUACCCCUGCCAUUAACAAAUACCGUAUCCACACAUAGAGUAGAUAUCAUGAUCGUUUUAUUCGGUUGGUUUUUAUUUUUUAUUUUUUUUAUUUCUCGGUGAAUAUAAAUUUAAAUAUAAUUGCCAAAACUGAUAGAGAUGUAACAUCCAAAGAACAGUUUUUAUCUAUGUGAUCAGGCAAACAUCGUACUUUGAAGCAUCAAUUAGUAGUAACAAAGUUUUCAUCAUCAGUAGAAGAACCAACGCAAAAACUGCAAACGUAUUAAACAGUCUCAAAAUCGCAGAGCAGAGAAAAGGCGAAUCCGAAUUUAAAGCAUC